ACCAGUUAAAGAAAAAAACCCACUCCACCCACUUCCCACGACUCCCUCCACUACCCUCUCCCGAUCCCAUCUGCACACUCCUCACAGCAUCGCGCCGCCGCCGAUGAACUUCUCCCGAUCCACCACCGCCGCCCUACAUCCCGCCGGCGCGCCUAACUCCGGCCACCUACCGCCGCCACCGACGAGCGGAUCCAGCGCCGCGCCAGGUUCGGCCGCCCCUUCUUCCCCAGCGCGCUCCCGCCACCAGAGCGCCCCCCGGCCCAUGGGUCCCGCCGCCGGUCUCCUCCUACAACCCCGCCGCCACCGUCCCCCGGGUCCAGCUGCAACUCCGCCACACGCCUCGGAUCCGGCUGCGGCGCCGCCCCCCACCGCAGGAUCCAGCCGCCGCCCCAACCGCGAGAUCCGUCCGCCACCCCAUCCAGCCGCCGCGAUGUCAUCGUCCAUCGCCCUGUGGUGCAGUGCGGCGCGCCCUUCCCUCCCGUCCGGCGCGAACUUCCCUCUACGCCACCUCGACCUUCCCUCCCCUUCGGUGCAGCCUGCCCUCUGCUCCGGCGCGCCCUCCUACUCCUCCUCCACGUGCGGCAUGAACCUGGCCUUCGACCGCAAGCUCAUCAGCCCGCCCAUAUACUUCGGCCUCAUGGGCGACGGCCAGCCCAUCGGACGCUACGACGACAUGUGGCUGACUGGUGAUCUGCGACCACCUUGGACUAGGAGUCAAGACGGGGCUGCCCUACAUCUGGCACAGCAAGGCCAACAACCCGUUCGUGAACCUGAAGGAGUAAAAGGGCAUCUUCUGGCAGGAGGACAUCAUCCCCUUCUUCUAGGUCGCGAAGCUGACAAGGAAUGCGACACCGUGCAGAAGUGCUACAUCUCGCUCUCGCAGCAGGUCAAGGAGAAGCUCGGCAAGAUCGACCCCUACUUCAUCAAGCUUGCCGACGCCAUGGUCAUCUGGAUCGAGGCCCGGGACAUGCUCAACUCCAAGGACUCCAAGGAGGCCGACGCCAACGGCAAGCUCAAGGGGAAGUAGAUCGAGAUCGAGGGAGAGAACCUUUUUUGCAUUAGCAUACUGAGCAGGCGGUGAGGCGGCGUAUACCGGUUUCUUCAGUUCGUAGGUUCAAUGCGUGCAUCAGGUAUUCAGGUUCAGGCUGUUGUGUAGUACAAAACAUUAGCUGCCUGUAUGUGAGAAAACCAUGCUGUUUCUUAUUUUGUUUAUGUGAGAAAACAAAAAUGUAUUUUAGAAGUUCAUUUAUUA